AUCAACCCUGUCAUAUGCUUUCUCCAAAUCGACCUUGAUAGCCAUCCAUCCAACCCCACCCCUCUUGAAUCUCAUAGAAUGAAUGAUUUCCUGUGCAAUGAUAAUAUUAUCACUGCUAUGCCUCCCCUUAAUGAAGCUACUCUGAUUAGGUAAAAUCAGAACAUUCAUAUGCGGUUUUAAUUUAUUUGCAAUAAUUUUUGUAACCACUUUGAAAACCACGUUACAUAAGCUGAUCGGCCGCAGUUUAUUAAGGGAAUCCGGGUUGUCCUCCUUGGGGAUAAGGCAUAUAGAAGACCGGUUAAUCUCCCCUAUUUUCCUGAGGUCGUGGAAGAUGUCCCUUAUCAGAUUAACCACGGAAUCUCCAACUACCUCCCAUUGAGUUUGGAGGAAGCAAGCCUGCACACCAUCGGGCCCCGGGGCCUUGAAACCGUCCAUACUCAUGCAAAUCUCUCCUAUCUCCGCUCGGUUAGGUACUCUUUGGACAUGAUUGAAAGAGAGGCUGGUGACCUUAGGAAAUCCCCCCGUUACAGGAAAAGUGAGUAUAUAACUUCCUGUAGAACUCCAGCACCAUAUUCUUCAACUCACCCGGACCGUUAUCCACACCCCAAGGUCAUUCUUCAAAGUCAGAAUCUUAUUUCGUCUCUUCCGAGUUAAGGUUGCGAUAUUUUAGUUACAACUUACAACUUACAACUGUUUUGGACUGUAACAUCUCCAAUCUAUAUAUGUGGUGGACAGUAACCAUAAGCCUCUCCUGUGACUAUGCUACACUGGUUGUAGCUCAAGAUGUUGGAAGGAAAAGCUGUGGUGCGAGAGACAGAUAUGCCAGAGGUGAUGCAGAACCAUGUUAUGGAGUUAGCUCACCAAGCUCUCGAUGCACAUGAAGUUUCUGAUUGUCAGUCCAUUGCUUGUUUCAUCAAACAGAAACUUGAUGAAGCAUAUGGACCUGCAUGGAAUUCCGUGGUUGGCAAGGACUUUGGAUCUUGUAUUACACAUUUAUGUGGAAGUUUCAUAUUCUUUCAUGUGGAGAUGAUGGAAUUUCUGAUCUUCAAAGAUGCGAAGGACUUCACAGAAAGCAGGGAAGAAGUUAUUGGAGUGCUACAGAAAGCUAGAAAUACUGAUUAAUAAAUUCCAAAAAUCUUGUAGUAUGUUAAAGAACCACCUAAACUGCCUAUUCCUAAUUGACCUGUGUUAACCAUGUUUAAUCUUUCAAGAGAAAUCAGUUAUAGAAGGAGCAGACAAAAACUACAGCAAUGGUGCUUCCAAAUUGUUUCUGAAAAUCUAUAUAGAAUAAAAUAUUUGAUCA